AUGCCGAAGACGAGGUGGACAAAAAAUAAGAAAAGAAAAAUUGCUCAAGAAGAACAAGAUUCGAAGCCGGCGGAGAGUUCUCAGCCGGCGGAUCUCCCUGUGGUUGGUGAUGGAGAUGGUGAGGACGAAGUCAAAAGGAGUAAUAAAGAGGAUGAGGAAAUUGACUUAGAAACUGUGGGAGAUGAUGAGGAGGGAGACAAGGAGGAUGUCGGAAGUGACGAAGGAGAAGAAGAGAACGAGCCAGAUCUCGAUGGCGAAGAAGUAGAUUCGGAUGUAUCCUUGGGAGAGAUCGAUUCGGGCGACAUAUUUUUUUGGGUUUGUAAUACUAGUAUAAUAUAG